GUGUUUGUUAUUGCUGUGUUUUCACGGAUUGUUUUCGCUGUGCGUUAAUUCAUAAGCUUCGGCGAUAAGAGUGUUGUUUGUGGCUUCUUUCUUCCCGAGUACAGAAAACAAACAAAUACAUUAAAUUCGAGUGUGUUUUUUUUUCAGUUUGGUUUGUCCGUGAUUUCCAGUUCAACUAGGAAGUGAAAGCGAACAAAACACAGCACACACAACGGCCAACGCAAAAACAAGAACGAAUUUCACCGAGAACAGAAGAGAAGGAAAAGAAACGUUUUGAAAAAUAACCAAAUAUUCGAAUCAGUCACUGCCUAGAGAAGUUUUAAUGUUGACGCGUUGUGUGCUGCAUAGUGUUUUGAAUUAAUUCAUAUUGUGUCAUAGGCUCUAGGUGUAGAUAAACAUCUUCUUCUUCUUUUUUGGUAAAUAAACGCAUUCAAAACGAAUAGGAAAAAUGCCAUCACAUUAAAAUUGAAGGAAAUCCAUUGAAACCAACAAACAUAGUCCAGGUGGAUAUUGUGGUUAUAUUUCAACAGUUGCCACCGUCCAACAUCACCUCGCUCAAUCAUUUUCACACUCGCUCACAAUCUAAUGGAUACAUUAGCGUCACACAAAAUGAAUCCAACUAUACCGCAAGCCCAUGCAUCAUCGUUGACCACAACAAAAUCCCUUGAAUUGGACCCAUCAAAACCAUCAUACGAAGACGAAGAUGAGUUUCAAGAUGCCUGGGAUGAAGGCGAAGAUCCCAUUCCAAAAAUGAGUGACAUGGAUUUGGAAACAUCAUUAGCAGAGGCUAAACAAGCGGUGGAUUACUUUUUCAACAACAAAUUUACAGAAGCAAAACAGCUUAUGAAACCAUGGUGUCAGUCGUCGAUGUAUCAUUCCAUUGGAAAUUGUGUUUUUUUAUUUUUGGAAGCUGUUCUUACAUUUGAACACGAACACAUUGUACGCGCUUCCGAAGCGAUAAGCCAAUGCUUGGCUGUUUGCAAUCGACAUCGCAAGAAAAAUACAAUCACCGAAAGUAUUGGGAAAACAUUCAAACGGCAUAAUUAUGAGCAAUACACCGAAUUAGAAGCGCACGCUGAACUUUGUUCGGCCGAGGCACUUCUUUUAAAAGCUUUGUUGACAUUCAUCGAAGAUGAAACUCUAACAAGUCUUAUCAAAGGCGGUAUUAAGAUUCGCACGUGUUUCAAUAGCUAUAAGGAAUGCAUGCAUAUACUGGAAAAACGUCAAUGGGAAAAGCCAAGUUCAAAGAGGCACUUUGAGAGUGGUGUUCGAAUGGGCGUUGGAACGUUUAAUUUGAUGGUAUCACUAUUACCGGGUCGUGUCAUUCGAUUGCUCGAAUUUAUUGGAUUCUCGGGUAACAAGCAAACUGGUUUGCAAGACCUUAAACUUGGCUAUGAUAUGGAUGGUAUCCGGCAAGUACUUUGUGUUAUGACCCUGUUAGCGUACAAUCUGAUCGUAUGCUAUGUGCUUAGUCAUCAAGAAGGCGAUGUUGAUUUCUGUGAUGAAGUUCUCACUAAACAGUUAGAGGCAUAUCCAAAAGGUGUAUGGUUUCUAUUUUUCAAAGGUCGUCUCGAAUUCAUGAAAGGUAAUUUGGACGAAGCUCUCACUUGGUACAAGAAAUCGUGGAAAUCACAGGAUCUCUGGCCUCAGUUUCAUCACUUGUGCUUUUGGGAAAUUCUAUGGGUCAAUUGUGCAAAAUUGGAUUGGAAAGAAGCGGAAAUAUUUGCAUCGUUGUUGUGUGAGCACAGCAAAUGGUCGCGUACAAUCUAUACGUAUCAACGAGCUGUUGUGAUGAUAAUGCGAGAUAAAAAAGACCUUACACCAGAUGAAUUGCAAACUAUUGAAAAUCUUAUGCGAGAGGUGCCUCAAUACAAGCAACGUAUUGCCGGAAAAUCGUUGCCAAUGGAAAAGUUCACAAUUAAAAAAGCCGAACGCUUUUUUGCUCAGAAAAAGAAUCUAGUGCUACCGGCCAUUGAACUAAUGUACCUGUGGAAUGCAUUCAAAAUAUUGGGAAAACAUUUUCAUUUGGCCGACAAUGUUUAUAAACUUAUCGAAAAAGCUCAACAAGAUUUGGAAGCACGUACCGAACGCAGCAAAUAUGAUGUUGAAAACCGAGCAUUAAUUUUGCUAUUGAAAGGGGCGUGCUUACGUCAAAUGAAAAGUCCAUUGCAAUCUUUGCAGUGUUUAGAAGGUGUGCUAAAUCUGCACAAAGAGAUUAAAGAGGAUGAAUACUUGGUACCGUAUGCCAUUGUUGAAAUUGCUCUGCUGUACAUUGAUGGAGGUCGCAUCGACAAUGCCAUUGGUGCACUUGAAGAUGCCAAGAAAAAUUAUACGGGAUAUUCAUUGGAAUCACGUUUGCACUUCCGCAUACACAAUGCCUUAAGUGAAUUGAAACCAAAGAAUCGAUCUAGAGAUAAAAAUUCAUCGCCGGACCAUGCACAUUGAAAUUGUUAUGUGCCCUCUUAGAUGCAUAACAAAUAUAAAUAUGGUAUACCGUUUAACAGACUACUCACAGAAGACGUCAAUUGUAAUAUUUGCGAACUCUGGUGGUGAUUUACUAAAUUACCACCAUUACAAUGUGUGGCAUGGUGAUUUUUGUAUGUAUUGUAUUUGCUUUGCUGAGCAAUAUUACUAUCGCUCAACGCAGUGUUGGUGGUACUACUGUACAGCGCUGUCACAGCAAAGCAAAUACAAUACAUACAAAAAUCAGCAUGCCGCACAUUGUAAUGGUGGUAAUUUAGUAAAUUACUACCAGAGUUCACAAAUAUUACAAUUGACGCCUUCUGUGAGUACAGACGACGAAUAAGUGUGUGGUUACAUAAAAUUCUUUCCAAAUAAAACCUAUAUAUUUUAAAUAUAUCAAAUAAAUCCUUAAACUAUUUUCGUACCAAAAAUAACUUUUCACACAUGCCAAUGUUGAACGCCACACCAAAAUUGUUUUUGACAACGUGUUGUCGAUAUAGAAUUAGUUGAACGACACUACGCGUAGUCAUUUUCUUUUUUUCUAGUUUUUAAAUUCAACCGUACCAAUUUCAAUUGUAAUUGAAACCAAAUCAUUUUUAACAUAAAUAAAUAUUUUAAAAGAUA